GGUACUCUAACUCGUGAAGAUGACUUAUCAGUAUCACCUAAAGGUGGCACUUUGUACAUGAUAAAGUGUGGUGAAAUAAGGAAAGAGGAAGAGAAAAUAUUGAACACCAGUAUAAGCAACGGUAUCGCCUGGUCAAAAGAUAACACAAAGUUUUAUUUUACCGACAGUAUGGAGAAGACCGUAGCUGAAUAUGAUUAUGAAGAAGAGUCCGGGGAAAUAAGUAAGUAAAAUUGAUAUUCACUCUCGAGAUAUGUAGCUACAUUUUCUUCUGUUAUAGCAUCGCAUCAGCUCGUUAAUAAUAAUGACCUUUGUGGAAACUAUUUUCCGGGUGUUUAUGUCAAAACGGUUCGUAAGGCUGCUUGAAUUUAUUUUUCAUGUGAUGUUUUUCAGCAAGUUGGCGAGCUUCGAAACUACCCCCUUCCUCCUAAAUAAUAUUAUAAAAAUCGUCUGUAUUACUUCCAAUCUACAAAAAAAUCAAAUACAGUCUUGAGCAAAAGAUUAACUUCGGUUAAAAAUAAGAGAUAGAGUUCAAUUGUUUCGGGUGGAGAACCCACAAAACGGCCGCGUGCAG